CACAAGAACAAAGUGAGACAGGUGACACUGGGAAUGACCAGAAACCAGUCAGGUCUUAGAAUGGAUACAGCCAGCUGAAUGUCUCUAUACAAUAGACACGGCUGGGUAUUUUGAAUGCUGUUCCCCAUUUGGUGCUACUAAUGGAGACUGAUUUCCCACGUCUGAGACUGGAAGGACAGAGGGCUGCACUGGGAGUGAACCGGUGGCUCUGGGAGGGGCCUCUGGCAAGAGGAGCCUUGAUACCAAAGAAACCUUAUUCAGCUUCCAAGAACAGAGCCGUCAGAUCGCUGUGUUACUGAUGCGCAGCAGGGAAACCCCCCCCCAAGGACGCACGUCGGCAGCGGGACAGAGCGGAGAAGGCAACCUCUGCAGGCAUUUAAAAUAUGCUCCUUUUUCUGGGAAAAAAGAAAUGUUUCCUGUUCAUCCUGGGAACCUGUAUUUUGACCUUCUGCUACCUGAAGGCCAACAUUCCAAGAUCUUCCACCACUCAUUCCAAGCCAGUGAGAUAUAGGCCUUUCCCUCAGUACUGCAGUCCAUUCUUGUCCAAACGAGGGGCACCGUGGCAGUGGAGAGACCGUCUCUCUGAAAGCGAUUUCACCACAAUGGGGCCGAACUGCUCCCGAAUAGCUGAGGAGCUCCACUUUAUCACAGCUCCCUUGAGUCGAGAGGAGGAGGAGUACCCUCUGGCCUUCAUCAUCACCAUCCACAAGGAGCUGGAGUUGUUCAUGCGCCUCCUAAGGGCGAUUUACGCCCCCCAGAACGUCUACUGCAUCCACGUUGAUGCCAAAGCCUCACAGCAGUAUAUAACCAUUGUCCGUCAGCUGGCCAGCUGCUUUCCUAAUGUGUUUCUCGCAACCACAAGAGAGAAGGUGACCUAUGCAGGCUUUUCGCGCCUCAAGGCGGACCUCAACUGCAUGGCGGAUCUGGCCAGAUCCUCGAUACCCUGGAAGAAGGUAAUAAACCUAUGUGGCCAGGACUUCCCACUGAAGUCCAACCUGGAACUGGUGCAGUAUCUACGGAACAAGCCGUGGGAUAAAGUAAACAUGACUCCAGGUGUCAAAGAGCCACCAUCCAUGAGGUACCGAAUGCAGAUACCCUACGAGGAGAUUAACCACUCCUACAUGGCCCCUAAGGGCAAGACGUACACAAAGGGGCCACCUCCACACAACUUGGACAUCUACUUUGGGACAGCCUAUUACGCUCUGACACGGCCAUUUGUGGACUUCGUGCUGCGUAGUACAGUGGCUAAGGACCUACUGGAGUGGUCCAGAGAUACCUACAGCCCCGACGAGCAUUACUGGGUAACACUAAACCAUGUAAAAGACGCACCAGCAAACAAUCUAGAAGGGAAGUGGUCAGGUGACAUUCGUGCACUAAAAUGGAAACAUUAUGAAGGAGUAAAACACCAAGGCUGCAAAGGCAAGUAUGUCAGAAAUAUCUGCGUCUUCUCCCUGGAGGAUCUUCCCUGGGUCACUAACAAGCAGAGCAUGUUUGCUAACAAGUUUCAAAUGCAGCUUUUCCCAAAGGCUGUGCACUGCAUGGAACUGUGGCACCGGCAGAAAGUUCUGCGGCAAGCAGAGGUUCCCAUCCAGCCAGAAUGGCGCCUUAUCAUUUAAGCAUAGAAAUCACAUAGGAAUAGAAUUGAAGACAGCCAAUGCAUGACUAUGGAUGUUUCUCAUUAAAGCGAAUAGGGAUGCACUCUUUUCAGGUGCAAAGUGCUGAAACUCUGGUGAUUGGCAGCUUUUCUACAAUUUAUUCUUUGCUGGAUUUGUUACCGUUUGUGUGGGUCACAGGUGGACCCAAAUCAGGGACUGAUGUUUAGACCACAGGAGCCACCAUCUCUGCUCUAUGUCGUAUUAGGGUUCGUUACCUGCAUUUUGUUCUUGGAAUUACAAAAAUGGCUUUGGGUCCAAUUUGUUACACAAAUUUGUUGCUAUGACACACAUUUAAUCACGAUAACACUAUAAAGUAAAAAAAAAAUAAAAAAAUCCC